AUGUCGGCUUCCCCUGAACAUGUUUUCAGGUAUUUCCACGCCAUCUACCUGGGCAUCCGGAGCCGGCGCAGUGGGGACCAUGACCGCUGGAGGUUCUACUGGAGGAUGGUGUACGAGUUCGCUGACGUCAGCAUGCUGCACCUCCUGGCCACCUUCCUGGAGAGCGCUCCUCAGCUGGUCCUGCAGCUCUGCAUCAUCAUCCAGACCCACAAACUGCAGGCCGUCCAAGGAAUGACAGCGGCUGCCUCCCUGGUGUCUCUGGCCUGGGCCUUGGCAUCCUAUCAGAAAGCCCUACGAGACUCCCGGGAUGAUAAGAAGCCAAUCAGCUACCUGGCCGUCAUCAUCCAGUUCUGCUGGCACUUCUUCACCAUUGCCGCCCGGGUCAUCACCUUCGCCCUGUUCGCCUCCGUGUUCCAGCUCUACUUUGGUAUCUUCAUCGUCCUCCACUGGUGCAUUAUGACCUUCUGGAUAGUCCACUGUGAGACCGAGUUCUGCAUCACCAAGUGGGAGGAGAUUGUCUUCGACAUGGUCGUGGGGAUCAUCUACAUCUUCAGUUGGUUUAAUGUGAAGGAGGGUCGUACUCGGUGUCGGCUCUUCAUCUACUACUUUGUGAUCCUGCUGGAGAACACUGCUCUGAGUGCCCUGUGGUACCUGUACCGCGUCCCUCAGAGCACCGAUGCCUUCGCCGUCCCCGCCCUCUGUGUCAUCUUCAGCAGCUUCCUCACCGGCAUUGUCUUCAUGCUGAUGUACUACGCCUUCUUUCACCCCAACGGGCCCCGAUUCGGACGCUCACCCAGCCUCGUGCUGGACGACCCCACGGCUGCCUUCAUGCUGCCCGCUGAGGGGGCCACCAACUCGUUGAGGUCCAACCGUGGUGUGCCUCUUAUCUCGGGGGACGGCACCAUUGGCAGGGACGGCAAAUACACAGAGAGGGACGGCUGCAUGCCCGUGUUUCAGGUGAGACCCACUGCCCCCUCCACGCCGUCCUCCCGUGUCCCACGCAUCGAUGAGACAGUCAUCAAAAUAGACCUGUGUCGGAACCGCUAUCCGGCCUGGGAGAGGCACGUAUUGGACAGGGGUAUACGCAAGGCCAUCCUGGCCAUCGACUGCUCCCCUACGCCGCCCAGACUCCAGUACAAAGAUGACACUACAGUUCAGGAGCGCCUGGAGUAUGAGACCACGUUGUAGCCCUACACUGCUGCCUGGAUGGAUGCUUGGAUGUUGGAUCCUUGGAAAUGCAAAACCGUAACAAAGGAUGACCAUCAACUUGGAUUUACAGCAGGACUGUGGCAAUAAUAAGUUAUUAGCUCUCUCUCACUCUAGAUACUAGCAUUGAACCAUGAUAUUGAUUGUCAUGGGCAAGCAUAGACACAAUUUAUUAGUUGAUGUGACGGAGGGAUAUAUUCAUGUUUUCUAAACAGAGUUCCUCUUUUUGGGUUUAUUUGGUUGAUGUUGUCAUUGUAUUUUAUUUUUUAUUUAUUUUACUUACGUCCGUCAGGGAAUCUCUUAUUUGAUAAAAGGCCAUUGCGCACACACACACACACACACACAUAAAAACAUUUAGCCCAAUAGUCUAUCAGAAUAAAAGCAGUGUUCUAAUGAAUGAUAUCAUUCCCUUUCAUAACAGAUCCUUAUGAAGGUUCAUAACAGGUUAUUAAUGGUUACCUACGAUAUCUCAUAUUUACAUUAAUUUCUAUUACCAACAUCUUAGACCUGCAAAUAUGUACUUUACAUUUAUAGGAUACAAGUAAUAUCCCCUGAUAUAGUGGACGUGUUCAUUAACAAAAAUAAGAAUAAAAAGGUCAGUUGAUGGUCCUGAUUCAUAUUUAGGAUGGUUCUAGUUAUUUCUAAUUUAAAGUAAACAGGUGACAAAGUAGAACACGCAUAGUCCGUGAUGUAAUUAGCGACAUGAGUAGGGCGUUGUGUCUGUCAUACUUUACAUGUGUACUGGCCCAUGACUUCUGAUCUGAUUUCAUCAGCCAUGUUGUCCUAGUGCCAAAAGGUCUGAAACUACUGGAUUUUGUGGCUGUGAAUGCCAGUAACUGGAUAUUAGUAGAUUCAGGCAGGGCAGAACUGCUAUUUACUUUGAAGAAGCUUAGUACUGUACCAGGUAAUCAUGCUGUUUAUAUGCUAAAUAAAACCGGAAUGUUUGUGUAUUGUGGAGAGACUGAAGGACAAACCUCAUCUUUGUUCUUGCCUGGAUAAAAGGCGGCAUGCCAAGAAAACCUUCCUGGCAGCUCCUAUUUACAGUCCAGCCUCGUCCAGCUGUGGUCUGGGCUGCCAUGCGUCCAUAUGGCUGAUAAGGAUCAGUCUGCUGGGCCACAUAGUGCUGUUCUGUACGGAGAGGAGGAGAGGAUAAGAGACAAACGAGCAACCACUUCAGCCAAACUACUCUCAUAACUGAAGCACCUGCAGGAUCUAAUGUCAUCAUAGAUGCCACAUUCUUUUUUUACGUUUUACCUAACUGAUGUAAAAGUGUAUUACCAUCCGUGUGUGUGGGAGGAAGUGUGUGUGUGUGUAUGCGUGCGCGCGCGCUCAUGCGUGCUUGUAAGAGAGGAAAAGCAUGGCGCAGGAUGGUAUGUGUAGAUGCUACAAUCAGUGGUCAGUUUGUCUGCAGCUAUAUAUUGUAGUGCAAUGAACUAGAGACAUGCACUUCAGCACUAUGGUGUGGAAGGCUGCUGUAGCCUAUACUCAACACAAGAUCAGUACCAAUUCUAGGGUGUAUACCACUAUCAUUGUAGCUGUCGAGAUCCAACAUCAAUGGUGUCAAGAUGGUCUUUUGAGCAGGAAACAACAAGUAUUUCACCUUUUAUGCUCUGACUUAAGCCCCAGGCACUAUGACUGUGGAUGUGAUAUCUAAAAAUAUCUUCAAAUAUCUUGCAAAGGUGUCUUCACAAAAAAGAAAGUGUGUAGCUUCUCUUUCAGUUCUAGGUCACAAGCGGUUCUUUUUUAUGUCUUGUUCGUUUGAACUAUGGAGAGAAGAGGGUGACAAGGAGGAGGGGAAAAAACAGGCACACAACUUCUGUGGAAUUAAUCAGAGCACAUUGAGGGAAGGAAACCAUGAUAUUCAAUGUGAGAGUGAGAAAGGGCCAUUGAUCAGUCCAGAAAGAUGUGCCUGUUGUUUUCGACUAGAGCUAGAUUUUAAAUCUCUACUGAAUGGCUCAGUUUUAUUUUUGUUGAAUUGUUUUUGUUGAAAUGUCUUAUUUGAAUUAUUCAUAUCCGUUCGAAUGUGGGAAAUUCUUGCUUUAAUUUGCUUUCACAUCAUUUGCCUUGUUGUUGCGACAUCACACAAAUUGUCUUAGUUAUGUCUGUUCCCUUCUGUUCUGUGGCAUGUUUUACUCAACUCCAUUAAAUAUUCAGAAGUGAAUGCCGCUACACAUUCAAGAAACUCUCUAAAAAGUUUUGGGGGCAAUACUUGCAGAAGCACUGGGUAAAAUCAUGUCCACAGCUCUUCUUCUAAGUGUGGAUGAGCAUAAAUGGUGCAACAUGUUUUAUUGCAACUUAUCUUUUCAGCUUCUCUCGUUAACCCAGGGCUGUCAUAUGGAUCCGGCCCGCGAGCCCCUUCAAUCCGGGCCUGUUUGAGUGUUUAUUUUAUUUUAUUAUUCAUAAAAAAAAUUAGAAUUAUUUUGGAGGAAAAACAAUCUCAAUCGACAUAGAAAUGGCAACAACAACAACAAAUAUGAAACUGUAGAAAUGAUAAUGGACUUACAUUUAUAGUCUCUUUAUGCUGCUCUACACCAAAUUCAACUCCAAGAAAACAGAGCUGUGGACAUGAUUUUACCCAGUGCUUCUGCAUGUAUUACCAAAAAUAACGUUUUUAGAGAGUCUCUUGAAUGUGUAGCGGCAUUCACUUCUGAAUAUUUAAUGGAGUUGAGUAAAACAUGCCACAGAUCAGCCACCGAAAAGCUAGACAGUCAGGAAGCAUAAAAAAUCCCAAAAGCGAUGGAUAGAGGGCAAUUUUCAGCAAACUUUGACGCCGAGGAAAUAUAACCAAUUUUAAGUGUGGCCCUCCAGACCUUGGUGAAGACUGAAUGCAGCCUGUGGGGCAAAAUGAGUGUAACACUCCUGCAUUAACCUGUCUGUGUUUUACGGUAAAGAAUUUAAAAAGCAGAUUUUUAUUUAUUUACAAUGAAGACAGAAACCAAACGACACAGGGGGAAAUCAAGAAAGCGCAGGCUUAGAAAUGAGCAAAUUAUCGUGAAUGGCACAACACUGGUGCUUUUGUUCUAUUUUAUCUUGGGAUCUCUUAUUUUGGUCUGCUAUUGAUGAGACACUUAAAGAGGUCAAAUGAAUUGCUCAUCAUUAACUAGUGAAUCAUUGAAGGUCACUUGGCCUGGUUCCAUCUCCUCAUCAAUAAAACAUGUAGUAAAUUAUUCUCUCAAUGUCACCUUGCACGUCUUUAGCUUGUGUUGCUUUCCUUUAGUCAAUCUGAUCCAUGUUAACAUGAGAUUUUAUCAUGUUUUGUUCAUAUCCCAUUAUUUGCUUUCAACUGCUAUUUUCAUUUUCAGUGGGAGUCCCAGUGUUUAUGAUUUAUUGGGGUCACGGCCACAAAUAGACAACGCGAGUCUUGUUUAUCAGAAUUGUGGUGUGUGUGACUGUGUCCUCAUACAGUGAUAUCCACAUAGGUUUCCACAGUAUUCAUGUACAUUGCAAAAAAUGUACAGAUACAACAACUGCUGUCAGUCCCAUCCAAAUGAACACCCGCUGGACCCAGUACACCACCUCUACAGUGGCUUGCGAAAGUAUUCAUCCCCCUUGGCAUUUUUCCUAUUUUGUCACCUUACAACCUGGAAUUAAAAUAGUUUUUUGGGACGAUUGUAUCAUUUGAUUUACACAACAUGCCUACCACUUUGACGAUGCAAAAUAUGUUUAUUGUGAAACAAACAAAUAAAACAGAAAACCCCCCCCCACCUUUUGCAGCAAUUACAGGUGCAAGUCUCUUGGGGUAUAUCUCUAUACAUUUGGCACAUCUAGCUACUGGGAUUGUUUUUUGCCCAUUCUUCUAAGAAAACUACUCCAGCUCCUUCAAGUUGGAUGUGUUCUGCUGGUGUACAGCAAUCUUUAAGUCAUACCACAGAUUCUCAAUUGGAUUGAGCCCUGGGCUUUGACUAGGCCAUUCCAAGACAGUUAAACGUUUCCCCUUAUACCACUCAAGUGUUGCUUUAGCAGUGUGCUUAGGGUCAUUGUCCUGCUGGAAGGUGAACCUCCUUCCCAGUCUCAAAUCUCUGGAAGACUGAAACAGGUUUCCCUGAAGAAUGUCCCUGUAUUUAGCGCCAUCCAUCAUUCCUCCAAUUCUGACAAGUUUCCCAGUCCCUACUGAUGAAAAACAUCCCACAGCAUGAUACUGCCACCACCAUGUUUCACUGUGGAGAUGGUGUUCUCAGAGUGAUGAGAGGUUUUGUGUUUGCGCCAGACAUUGUGUUUUCCUUGAUGGCCAAAAUGCUAAAUUUUAGUCUCAUCUGACCAGAGUAGCUUCUUCCAUAUGUUUGGGGAGUUUCCCACAUGCCUUUUGGCGAACACCAAGCAUGUUUGCUUAUUUGUUUCUUUAAGCAAUGUCUUUUUUUCUGGCCACUCUUCCGUAAAGCCCAGCUCUGUGGAGUGUACAGCUUAAAGUGGUCCCAUGGAUAAAUACUCCAAUCUCCACUGUGGAGCUUCGCAGCUCCUUCAGGGUUAUCUUUGGUCUUAGUUGCCUCUCUGAUUAAUGCCCUCCUUGCCUUGUAUGUGAGUUUUGGUGGGCGGUCCUCUCUUGGCAGGUUUGUUGUGGUGCCAUAUUCGUACCAUGUUUUAAUAAUGGAUUUAAUGGUGCUCAGUGGGAUGUUCAAAGAUUCAGAUAUUUUUUUCUAACCCAACCCUGAUCUGUACUUAUCCACAACUUUGUCCCUGACCUGUUAGGAGAGCUCUUUGGUCUUCAUGGUGCCCCUUGCUUAGUGGCGGUGCAGACUCUGAGGCCUUUCAGAACAGUUGUGUGUAUAUAUACUGAGAUCAUGUGACACUUAGAUUGCACACAGGUGGACUUUAUUUAUCUAAUUAUGUGAGCAAAGGGGGUGAAUAUAUACGCACACACCACUUUUCUGUUUUUUUUUUAUAUUUUAUAAUUUUUUUAAACAAGUAAUUUUUUUUAAAUUUCACUUCACCAAUUUGGACUAUUUUGUGUAUGUCCAUUACAUGAAAUCCAAAUAAAAUUCCAUUUCAAUUACAGGUUGUAAUAUAACAAAAUAGGAAAAAUGCCACGGGGGCUGAAUACACUGGCACUGUAAAAAUAGGAGACUUGUGCAAGACUUACAAUCAAUGUUCUACGAUUUCUAUCUUUAGAAAAAAGUAGUGUUGAGCUUAGGGUCAAAUAUGAAUAUGUGUCAGUCACUUUUAUAGGGCAGAGGGUCAGGAAAGGUCAAAAGAGUCAUUAUUAGUACAUCAAAAAUACAUUCCCUGUUGUCACAACGGAGUGGGAAAAUCUCCUUUGGUCUUGUGGGUGAUAAUGAUGAAAUGAUUAUUACACCUUCUGUAAAACCCAUCUAUACAGAUACACUUUUCAGGAAGGCAUAUUAUUCUUUCAUAAAAAUAAAUAAAUAAAUGUUUUAGCACAUCCAGGGAUUAAUCUCAGACUACCAUUGUUCAUCAUCAUCUCUGAAAAAGUGUGUAAAUUGUACAUAUACCUACCUCAACUUGGUUUCUGAACAGAAUACCCUCCUCUGACGUCAUUGAUACAUGAUACUGUACUGAUCUUCUUACCAAGAGCAUACAUCCAAAUGUGAAACAAAUGAUAAGGCGUUCAGUGUUUUGAUGGUGGAUGGUAUUCUGUUUACCACUGUAAGUGCAUCAGCAAGCAGACUGAGACAACAGGAAAAUGCACUUGUCAACAAACCCGCUUCAUUGUUUAAGAGGAAUUCAUGGUUGUGACUAUUUCAGCUGCUUAGGCCUAUAUCUGUUUCGUUUGCCUUAAGAAAAUAUUUCUAAGCUUUUGUUUAAUUUCUUUCAAUCUCAUAAGGAUUUGUUUUUGUCCUCUGGUUUUGUGGUUAUGAUGAUCAAAGUGGUGUGAGGUCUCUAGGUUAAUCAAAGUUCUCUGUUCACGACCUAAUAGCAAUGUGUUUCUAUACAGUUACUGUGCUUAUACUAUUAUAUAAUUAUCCACAAUGCAAGAUAGACCUAUUAAACUCACAGUUUAAAUGAGAACCCUUGACCCAGGAAAUGGAAUUGUCCUUCUUGUAGUCGGUCAUACUGAAGACUUUUAACAAAAGGAGCUACUAAUAUUAUGUAUUGAUUUGGAUCCAUUAUUGGGGGUUGAGUUUUGUGCUGAGGUAUUCAUCAACAUUAGAUACUAGUAAUGUAGACAAAUAGCAGUGAUGUAUUGUAUCAUACUAUUCCAGCCCUACUGUAGCCAAUAUAACAUUAGUACAAGCACAGUAACAAAUGAACAUAGGAAUGUCAUUCCAUUUUGUUAACUUCUAACGCAUAGUGUACAGAUGUCCUUAGUGUCUCAGUUGCAAAUGGAAGAUCACAAUAGUAAUUGAAAAACAAAACUAUAUAACUGUAAAUAAAUGUAUGCAAAUGUACAUGUUAAAAGAACAUUCCUCUCAGAGUCCUGAUUGUGAAGGGUGUCUGUUGACUGGAGGUCGCCGCCACAAGACGGCAGUUACAUAUGAUGUAAUACAGAUUAAAAUAGUGUGGUGUAUGUGAUGUAUUAAAUGACAAAAAUGCAAAAAAACUAAAAAACUGUUAAUUAUUGGUAUUUUAAGUAAGUUGCAUUGUGUAAUGAAAGUCUGAAGUGCUUGAACUGCAUUCAAUCAGAAUUAAACUAAUGUUAUUAUAAAUUGAACAGUAAAAACAGACCAUGACAUUUUUGUAUAUAUUGAAUUUUUGUAUAUUUUUAUUUGAUUCUAAUGCAACACAAAGUACCAAAAUUAAUUUAAUAAAGUACACUGUGGCCAUUU